GCGCAGGGCUUCGGCUUCGUAGCUUCUGCGCAGGUGUAAAGCGGUCGGUCUUGGGGCGCGGACGUGUGCGGUACUGUUGGUCUCGUUUAUCCGCGCCGGGGCCAUGGGCAAGCUCAACGUGGUGAUGCUGCGGUACCUCGCGCGGGACCACUUCCGGGUGCUGACCGCGGUGGAAAUGGGCAUGAAGAACCAUGAAAUUGUUCCUGCUAGUUUGAUUGCCUCCAUAGCUAGCCUUAAAUAUGGCGGAUGUAACAAAGUUUUGAGGGAAUUAGUGAAGCACAAGCUCUUAGCUUAUGAACGAACUAAAACUGUCCAGGGUUACCGACUGACUAACACAGGGUACGAUUACCUUGCUUUGAAAACUCUGUCUUUUCGACAAGUGAUUACUUCUAUUGGAAACCAGAUGGGUGUUGGUAAAGAAUCAGAUAUUUACAUAGUUGCAAAUGAAGAGGGGAAGCAGUUUGCAUUAAAACUGCAUAGACUUGGGAGGACCUCCUUUCGUAACCUGAAAAAUAAACGUGAUUAUCAUAAGCAUCGACACAAAAUGUCCUGGCUGUAUUUGUCCCGCCUGGCUGCCAUGAAGGAAUUUGCCUACAUGAAGGCUUUACAUGACAGAAAAUUUCCUGUUCCAGAGCCAAUAGACUACAAUAGACAUGCAGUAGUUAUGGAACUUGUUAAUGGUUAUCCUCUGUGCCAAGUACGUCAAAUAGAAGACCCUGCUUCUGUGUACAGUGAGCUAAUGGAACUAAUUGUAAAACUUGCCAACCAUGGCUUGAUUCAUGGUGAUUUCAAUGAGUUUAAUCUUAUGUUGGAUGAUGAGGACCAGGUCACCAUGAUAGAUUUCCCUCAGAUGGUGUCAAUAUCUCAUCCAAAUGCUGAAUGGUAUUUUAACAGAGAUGUUAAAUGUAUUCAAGAGUUUUUUAAGAAGCGUUUCAGCUAUGAAAGUGAACUUUUUCCAACUUUCCAGGAUAUUAGGAGAGAGUGUUCUCUCGAUGUUGAGAUUGCAGCAAGUGGUUAUACAAAAGAAAUGCAGGAGGAUGAUGAACUGCUUUACCCAAUUGGCCCUGACAGUGAUGAACAUAAAGCAGAGUUCCCACCACUUGUUGAUGACUUUGGACAGAAAGUAAAGCUGUGUAGUGCAGAUGAAGAGGAUGAAAGAGGUUUCACAGAUGAAUCGGAUGAUGACCUUGAAAAUAGAUCCACCAAAGACCUAAUAUCUUGUGAUGAAGAUGAUGAUACUGUUGAAAGAAGUAAAAGCACACAAAGUUUAGAUGUUACAGAGUUGGUCCAUGCUGUAAAAGAAGUUGAAGGUCACCAUGUAGUAGAGAAAACCAGUGGCAAAGCAGAGCAUUCUAUAGUAGAUCUUUCUGAGAGCAGGAAGAGAACUGAAGCCAUGAGUGAAGACUGGGAAGAUCAGAAAGGUCUGCACAAUAAGGAGUAUGAAGAUGAAUGCCCUGAUCUGGUUGACUUGUCAGCAUUAAACAGAGAAUUCAGACCUUUCAGAAAUGAAGAGAGUAUGGUUCACAUCAAUGAACACAGAAAAAGAACCACAAGUAUCACUUCAACUGGCAGUGUUGGGAGCUGUUCAACAAUUCCUCCGGAACUGGUGAAAGAGAAGAUAAAGCGACAACUGACUAAACAACAGAAAGCUGCUCAGCGGCGACGGUUGCAGAAGGGAGAGGCAAAUAUUUAUACUAAACAGCGGCGAGAAAAUAUGCACAACAUUAAGUCAAGUUUGGAUGCAACUAGUUUUUGGGGCUAGAUAAUUGAAACUUGCCAUAGAGCAUUAGCAUUUUUGUCCACAGUUCAUGAAUCGGAGAAAAACAGACUACACAGCAGUAACUUUUUGUAAAUUGGAAUGUGCAUAUAUUCAAUAAAUGUCCUUGCUACAGUAA